CAGCAGCGGCAGGCGAGAAUGUCUCCUCCACAGCAACAGUAGAAUCAACGGCACGGGAAUUCAAUGGCAGUGCUGAGGAAAACUUACCACAAGAAAAUCAGCAACAGCAACAGCAGCUGCAGGCACCUAUGUUGAACGAUAGCGGCGAGCAAGUGACACAAUCGCGAAAUCCCAUCAGACGUUCGCUUAGUGAAAGGCAGCAGCCUUUGUACAAUAAACUUACAACAAACAGCGGCUACAGCUUAGAUAGCUCCAUGGACCGCAAUAACACUGGGAAUAGUAGCUGCAGCGUAAAUAGAAGCCUUCAAAGCAGCAAUAACAACAACAACAACGCCCACGAUAAUGUUGACGCCAUUUUAAAUUUUAAAGAUACGAUGGCAUUGCGUUUAAGGAGUAACCGCAAUGACUCUAGAGAUUUAUUUGAGCAAAACUUAGCGAGCACUGUCAACAAUACAAAUAGACCGAAACAACCCCCACCACCGCCACCACCAACAGUACCAGUACCAGCUCAGCUAAUAGUAACGGAAGGUAUUGUUGAAGAAGCCGCAGCACAUGCAACUGCUGCUGCUGCGGUUAACGAAGUUGCAAGAAAGGAAUUCACAGCAACAACAAUGUCGAACGCGGAUGCUUUGCCAUUAUCGCCUACGGGCCAAACACAACAAAACGCUGUAGAUAAGGACAUUGCAGCUGCGGGUUUAACGACGUCAGAUGCUAAUAAUACGCAAACAACAACAAAUCUAACAAGUGGAAGUAACAUAGAAGCUGUGAACGGGUUCAGCAGUCAAAAACAACAAAUUCAAUGUAAAAAUGAAAGCGUUGCAUUCCAGCGCCAGCACCAGCUCCAACAGCAACAUCACCAAGCAAACAUAACAAACCAAAGUAACAAUAGCACGAAUGAUAGUACAUUCUGUCAAGAAAUCAAUAAAGCAAACAUUAAUGAUAAGAAGGAGAGCAAGCAACAAACAAUUUUGCAAAAUAAUUACCCACAACAGCAGAACGACAACAAUACUCCAAAUAAAACCACAAACAGACCCACAAGUCUAUUUUCAACAAGCACCCCAAAAACGACAAUGAAGCCCAAUGGUGUGCAGUCUUCGGUUUUUACUCCACAACAACGCACCGUAGUGCGUGUGGCACCAUUUAAUAAGACCACAUCGGAAGUACAUCGACUGAAAAUAAGUCAUACUGAUGCUGAUUCUAAUUGUGCCUCACCAACAUCGCCAUUCGGUCAUCAAUACAAUGUGAACGGAUCACCGCAUGGCAAUGCCUCCAAUACAUUGAUUUGUGAUAUGUACGCACAAAGGAAAACUUCAAUUUUAAUUAAUGGCGAUGAUUGCUACUCCACUAUGAAUUUGAGCUGUGAUGCUUCCACACCACUGUACCAAUCAUCGGUAGUAGUGGCGGAUUAUAGCUCAGCGGUAAAGUCAACUGAUAAUACAAACGGUCAUGCAGCUUACGAUGGUCUUAAAGUAACUACCACAUCAAAUACUGUGACCAUCAAUGUCAGUAGUCCACGCAGCGCCGAGGAAGAAUUAAUCUAUCAACACAAUAAAAUCAAUACAAUGUUAAGCCGGCAGGCAAAGUCUGUCGGUGGUAGCAACGCUGGGUUAACUAGACGAGCAAUCAUACCAAUUAAAGGCACAACAGAAGUGAAUCUGCAACGUUCAGCAUCCUCUACAUCAUCUACAUCGACAAGCUCAAUUACGAGCACAAGCAGCAGUGCUAGUGGCAGUGGUAGUGGCAGCCACAGUGGUUCAAUACCGAAACGUGGUCGCACACUGAUAAGGCUGGAUUAUGAAAAAGAAAAGCCGCAACAACAACAACUGCAACAGCAGCGCAAAGAGGAAACCACAUUAGCUGCCAACACCGAAACUGAAACAACAGCGUCACUAGUUUCGCAUGAGCAAGAGUUGUUGAAAAUAUUGCGAAAUCCCGUAGAAGCCGUAAAGCGAAAUUUGGUGCCACAUGUUUGUGGUCGUUACGAAACGCAGAGUGAAAGGGAAAAUGUGCGGAAUAAAAAAAUGAAGGAAGCUGUUAUAGAAACGACAAAAAAUCUUGGCAAGGAACAACAACAAGAAAAGUCCUUGGAAUCUCCUGAUGCGACCAUUUUACGGUCGAAGUCUAAACCACCCGAACGUAGCUCGUUUAUUGCGAAACUGCUUGAAGAUCCUAUGCUCAGUCAAGUAGCGGAUGGACUGGAAACGGAAAUUGUAGCUGAACUAAUUGAAAAUUCACUUAAGCGUUUAAAGGAGUCACGCAGUGCAAUUGAUAUAUCUGGUACCAAAGACAAUGAUGACGUGAAUCGUUUGAUUAAUUUAUCGCUGCAGAAAAUCAAAGAGGAACGUCAAGCAACAGCAACUCAAACUGUGACAACAAACAAUGACGACAGCAAUACACAUUUGACAGUGCCCACCAAAGAUGAUGAUCGCCAUUCGAAUCGUGGCAGUAUUAGUUCUGCUAACAGUUUUGCUUCAGCUAAUAAUUACGAAAUGUUUGAUUUUGAUGCAAAUGAAUCUGAUUGCUAUCAAAGUUGCUCGAGCGAAAUUACAUCGCCAGGUGAUGACGACUCCAGCUCAGCCACCACACGUUCAAAAUUCUAUCAGAUGCUGGUAGAUGCGACUUUAGCAGAAAUUGAACUCUCAACGAAUAUCGAAGACUUAGAUGAACAUCACUAUGAAUCGAUUCGAAACAAUGGUGAUCCAAUUUAUGAAGAAAUAACCGAUGUGCCGCCACCCUUGCCACUAACAGCACCACCACUCAGUGAUGAAUUGGAUAAAAAAGCAGCACGUUCAAUUUUUGAAGGCGCUUCAAAGUAUGAUAUAUUGUCUUAUUUAGUAGAUGCCAAAGAACGUGGAGUAGCGCGUGAGGAAACUUUUGACUAUCCCUUGAAUUGCUCUAAUCCCAUUAUUAUCGAAGAAGAAGCUUGUGAUACACUAAGUGAUUUAGGAAAACGCAAACAGCGUAAAGAUAUGAGUUCUCGUGCCUCUGUGGUCAGUGAUUCUAGCGAAGAUAAUCAGAGUAACAUGAGUUCGCUUUCACCACCACCAAAUACCUUUAUGUGCGGUAGUAACGUAAGUCUUUUACAACGCAAAUGCGCCUCUAGUGAUAUUGAACGUAAUGACUCUGGUGUUGGUUCCGAGACUAGCAAGAGUUCACGCAGUAAAUAUCAACAUACGCCUAUUGCAAAUACAAAUUUAGUGCCUAGCACUAGUCCAAUACAUCUUUGUGAAGAUUGUGAUGGUCCUGUUGAGACACAAGUAACUGAUUCGGGUGUUAUGUUUGCACCACUCGUGUGUCGCAAAUGUGGUAAGAAACGUAUUGAACGUAAAGAAAUUAUUACUGAAAUUGUAGAAACUGAGGAAAAAUACGGGCGCGAUUUACAAAUCAUUUUGGAAGAAUUCUGUCAUCCCAUGUUAGUGGCCGGUUUACUCACACAGGAGCAGCUCUCUGCAAUCUUCUUAAAUACGGAAGAAUUGCUCGAGAACAAUCAAACUCUUGCCGAACGUAUGCGCGAUGCUUUGGACAUUGCUUUGGAACAAGGUGAUGAUGAUCUGUUGACCGUGAAUAUUGGUAGAAUAUUUUUGGAUUUCACACAAAUGCUACACGCCUUUGAAAGUUACUGCGUGCGCCAGGCUGGCGCAAGUCUACUGCUUGCUAAUUUAGAGAAGGAAAAGGAAUUAUUGCGUAUUUUCUUGAAGGUGUCACAAAUGGAAAAUGCUGUUCUGCGUCGCAUGAACUUAAAUUCGUUUUUAAUGGUACCUGUUCAGCGUGUGACCAAAUAUCCACUCUUGUUGGCUCGCCUCUACAAAGUAACGCCGGCACAUCUCGAAGGACGUGACAUGCUUAAGCAGGCACAGGAGAAAAUUGAAUUGCACCUGAACCACAUCAACCAAGAAGCUAAGGAUGUACCAACGAAACUUUGGCGACGCAUAUCAUCGUCGAGUCCAAAUCGACGUGCUUCCUGCGAAAUCGAUAUGAUAAACAUCAAACUACGCAAAAUGGCCAUUGACGUUCUCGAAUGGAAUCACGAUGAAGUACGUUUUGCCAUGGAGGGGAAAUUACUCUAUACACAGCCAACUGAUAGCAAUUGGAAGAAAGCGCGCACCAUCAAGCUGACACCGGUGAAUGCACUACUGGUUACAAAUGGCAAGCCAAGUGCCAAUUAUAAGGCAGAAAAAGUCAUGUCAGAUAAACUGAAUUUCCCAAAGCAUACCGGAAUCAGAGAGGCAUCGUUGUUGGUUGUAAAGGAGAAGUGCGGACGUUAUACACUGAUACGUGAACCAUUGUAUUUGGACAGAUGUGUUGUGUGCAGUGAAGCGGAUUGGGAUGAUUAUUUCGAAGUGCAGGAAAUUUCAUCGAAGGACACUUUUAUAUUCAAAGCUGAGGAUGGCGUACGUACCAAGCAAUGGUACACUCAACUGCAGUAUCAUGCACAGGGCAUGGGCGCAUGGCGUAAACGUCGCAACGCCUUGGCAAAUAUCAUGAUCAACGGCAUGUUGGCACGAAGUUAAAUGUAUCCAUCCAACAAUUUCACAUCCAAGAUAGACUGCAAUUUCUGCAUGCCCCGAUGAAAAAAAAAACUGCAACUAUACUGCAACUUUUGGAAAUUCAAAAAGGAUUUUAUGCAUCACCGAAGGAUGAGUAACGAUAGCAAUUCGCAAUUGUAAUUGCAAUGCCAACGAACGAAGUUUAUAAAUGUAACAAAAAGCAUCAAAAAAAUUUUUAAAUUAAA